AUGCACUCGAAUGUGCCAAAGCCGAGUGAGCGUCUUGACGCCUCCGAUAUGCUCGAUCUCGAAGAUAUCGAUGAAAUAUUCGCCCUUGAUGAGUCAACGCGAAUGACCGACGAAGACAUUCGCCAGGCUCGCGAGGCUGAAUUACGAGCAGAGUCCUCUCAUGGAGGAGGUGCUGACUACUGGGAGUAUGAUCCAUCUGUGCAUAAAUGGACGUAUCACGUCGUUGUUCCAAGGAAAGCGAUGGUUCAUCCCAGUAAGACUCCCGGUUCCAUUGGGGAGUCGCCUGAUCCAUGGAAGCUGAGCACAGUGCGUAUAUCACAUGUCCAAUACAAGGAUAAAAGCCCGGUUACGAUCUAUGAGACCGGGUAUGCUUUCGGCAAGACAAGACUCAUGCAGCUCUGGACCGGCACUGUUGAAUUUUAUGAUGACGGCUAUGCCCCACCCAAGAAGAAGUUACCUCCUUACCACGGGUCUGAGAUCCUGGAGGGCGAGGGGGGUUUGCCUUAUCGUCAGAGUGUGCCGCGUUCCGAGCGCGCGUAUAAAGGGUCUCGAAAACCGAACUCUAUCGACUCAGAACCCUGGCGCAGCAUGAACCGCGCCGAACGGGAGGGAUAUGUAGAGGCUGAGCGCCGAGAAGCUGAGUCUCAUGCAAUGUCCCGAGAGGAUUCUCGCGAUGCCGCUCCUGUAGACAUCGCUUAUGAUUCAGAUUAUGAGUCGGGUGCCGAACGACAUGACAAGGAUUAUUGGUAUCACGAUGUCGCAGCUGGCACGAUCACCCGCUUUCAUGUGAUCGAACGCCGAGCGCGCUUCAACCCUACCUCCGUCAAAGAUUGUCCUGUCGAUCCUACAACAUUGACCGAUGUCAGGAUGACUAUGGCCAUGACAGACGGCACCGAGUUCACAUUGCAGGACUCGUGGAGAUCAUCCGAUGCUCGAUCUCUGCCUUGCCGAUGGACAGGAAAGACGGUCUUCGUUAUUGGUUCUUCCGCCAAAACGCAGAUUAAAGUUCGAACCCGUAUGCCGAACACCGAUGACACGGGGCGACGCGUGCAGACUGCAAAUGGCUAUUGUGGACACGCAUUGCGUGCAAAGGGCCGUACUGUUGUACCUGCCAAAUCUCGCGCCUGUGUCGUUACGGAUCUUGAGUUUGAGCCCCCGGGUGGUAUGUCCGCCCGUCUUCAGCCGCUCCGCGGCAGUGGCCUCGAUGUUUGCCCGGCCAUGUACACAUACAAUGAAGGGGCAACUCAGUCCGGUGUCGACGUCCUCAAUCCUACUGACUACGAUAUUAUAGUCGAGCCUGGACAGGACGUUGCAGUGGUUCAAUUCUACACUUCCGUUUUGGCCGCAGUGGAACUCGAUUUCACCGCAAACGAUGCGGCAGAUGAUGUUUCUGCACCGGUUGAAGCGUUCGAUGAUGAUCAUGCUGUUGAUACAGAACCCAAGAAGGCGUUUCCCGAGCUGACUUUUGGCGAUCGAGACACCAAUGUCGCGCAGGGCUCUGUUGGUCCUCGAGAAAUACGAAUGAUCAAAUACGAUAUGCGAUCGUUCAUGGAACAAUGUGUUUCUCGCUAUGUUGAGCUCUGUGGUCCUAAGUAUAAAGCCACCUUGCGCUCGGCUGACACGCCGUUCCUCGAUGAAUCGCGACCGGAGUUCGAUACCAAUCCGGAUCGACCUGCUGUGAACCGCCUGCUGGGCCAUCCCGUUGAUGCGCCUGUCCCUCCUGGUAAAGGCGUUCUCGGCGACUGUGCAGCCGCCGUUCUGAUGAAAAUCCUGUAUGGUGCUCGCAUGGGGCGGUACGAUUUGAUUCGUCCUGUGCAGGCACUCGCCAGUCUCAUCACCAGGUGGGAUGGCUUGUGUGAUAAGAAACUCCAUCGACUGGUGUGCUAUAUCAAUUCUACCCUCGAUCUCAAUUUAUAUGGGUGGAUUGGUGAUGCGCCCGAGAUGCUGGAGCUUGUGCUCUACUGCGAUGCCGAUCUUGCGGGUGACCGUACUGAUUCCAAGAGCACCUCUGGUGUCUUUAUGUGUCUUCUUGGGAAUGCUUUGUCCAAGAAGCAAACUUCUGUGUCGAAGUCUACCCCCGAGGCCGAAAUUGUCUCUCUUGAUCACGCUGUGUAUAAAUUGGGCCUGCCUGCUCUGUCUAUGUGGGAGUAUAUGUUGGGCCGCCGAUUCCGAUUGCGGGUCAUGGAGGACAAUGAGGCCGCUAUUCGUGUCGUCAUCACUGGUCACAAUCCGAACAUGCGUCACAUGUCUCGUACCCAACGUAUUGAUAUCUCUGCGUUGAACGAGCGUUAUCACGCUGGGGAUUUUCUGUUCGUGACGUGUCCCUCUCAAUUCGAGGCUGGUGAUAUUCUGACCAAGGCCUGCACUGAUGCUAAGGUGUGGGGCCGCAACCUUAUGUCUAUUGGUCGUUUUCGUGAGGGUACUCUUAUUUCCUCCGGUAUGCUGUCUGCCGCUCCCGCUCUCCCUGCUCUCCCCUCUGUCUGCCCAACCAGGGGGGUACAUCUUGAAAGCGGCCACAGCCCCUUCAACGAUUUCAUCCUCGACAUGUCUCGUCAGGGGGGUGUUUCAAUCGACGAUGCUCACCAAUUCGGAAAGAACAAGCAGCCACCGAAGAAGGCUGCUGCCAAGACACCGGCUGCCCGAUCACCCCAGCCGAAGUCUCCCUCGCUAUGCAGGGAAGGCCUUCCGAGCGGUCCGAUCGCACCGACUACGGAAAGGCCUCCUGUUCCGCCGAUUCCCACGGAGCAGGAUGAUUCCAACAUGGGUACCGAUGAAGCCCCUGUCCCGAUUCAGACCCCGAGAGAUGAGUCCACAGGGGGUGGAAAGCGCUCCGAGAACAUUCCGAUAGGAUUGAGGAUGAAGACGAUGAUGCUGAAGAUUGGGAUUCAAGAGAUCCCACAGGCCUCAAUCUGGCAACGCCUCGAGCAGCUGACAUGCAACUCUGGGUACGAUCUUAAGCUGCACCAGCUGGUUGACUCCUUCCUUCUCACUACUCAUCCGCUUGCGGAUAAGCAGAGGAAGCAGUACCCCCAAGAGUUUAUGGACUUCAUCGACCGAUACAGGGUGAUGUGCGCUCUUGCAUUUUCCCGAGUGGCGACGCUGUCUGGUGACGCCGCGGGGGUCCGCGAGAAAAUGGACCUUACGAUGGCGCUGGCUCGCCACUGUAUGCUUUUCCAAGCGCAAAGCUUUAAGGGAUCCCGAGAUAUGCUGAGCAACGAUACGCUCCAGCUCAUGGGAACCUGCUACAUCCCGUCACCUCUUGCGAGCUGGAACCGAAAUCUCAUGGGAUAUAGCAGUUCGACUGCUGAACAGCGAUGGUUGAGGACCGAUACGAGUAUCAAACAUAACGACCUCACCAAGCUGUCGCCCAUUGAGUUGUCAAGGGAGGCGGUCAGCCAGGUUGAAGCUGUGAAGUUCUUCAAGGGAUUUCUGCAGCUCAGGCCGACGCUAUCUUUCAUCCCUGGAGCGUUUCUGGCACUCAAGGCUCUUAACCGAUUUCCCACGCUGGACUCUUUGAAAGAGCAAGCAACUCACCUCGAUAACGAUCGCAAGGAACACGGCUACGAUCUUCCUGCCGUGGACGCGAACGGGAUCGGGGAAGCAGCCGCCUUUCGCAACGAAGACGACGAUGAGAAUACCCCGUUGAUGCGCGGGUGGGUCUCGUUCAUGAAAGCGAUGGUUGAGGCCUACCCCGGCCGGUGCGUUAGCAUCGAUGAUACGCUCAACUGGGGAGCCAGCACCCCUAUGACCUAUGAGGACGGUGCGGGGCAGACUACCAUCCGCCCGACUGAUGGAUGGGUGUAUGUCCCCGCGAUGAAUUCGGACAUAUACGACCCUCAGGGAACGUUCCUUCACGGAACGAACCUCCGAUACCUCUGGUCGAUUCUUGCACACGGAGGUCUGUUCGGGGAGGAUUACGUGACGGACGAUCAUGGAAGUCACGAACCCUGCGUCUGGGUGACUGGACACGCUUCCGAGGCUGCCGGUAGCUACGCGUCUGGCACAUACCUCGGAGGAGGAUACUGGUUUCAAGUGAUGAUCUGCGUCUCCCGGACUGUGGUGAACACCCACGGUCGCACGACGAAGAAGCUGGGAGGAUCCCAGAAACAGAUCCGCGUCGGAACUCGAUUCCUCGAGCUGUGCGGGAUCGCGUUCAGGCCCUUCCGCCUUCUGGAUGACCGCGAGCAAGGGGUUUCUACCUCUCCACAAUACGUCAUCCAUGGUCACCGAUUCCUUAGUGCCGACGGGACAAAAGCUGUGGCCUGGCACCCAUGGAUGGAAGCGAGCCCGAUUGAUCCUCGCAUUCUGAAGCUGCUGGGAGAAAGCGUCGCUCGCGACAGUGUCGAGUUUGCCGACCUCACGAUACAAGGGGGCAACACUACUCAACAGGUUGCUUCCACCGAGACGGAACAAUCUAGGGCGACCGCGGCUGACGAUCAGGCUGCGGAGGGUGGAAAUGAGGCGACGGACCGAGUCACAGUCCACCCAGCAGUGCUUCGCCGCAACCACUGGAUGCCUGACUCGCACGGGACCAGUGAAAACGCCACUGUCGGUGGCAGGUAUGCCUUGCUAUCCGAACUUCAAUCCUCCAGCUACCGAUUCGAGCUUGCUCCAUUCUUUCAGCUUCGAGCACCCAUCAUGGGAGAGGAAGGAAGCCAAGGUUUGCCAAAGCCUGCAAGGCUCGAGACGAUUGUCGGAGGACCCUCCAAGGAGUGGGAGGCAUGGUGCAGACACUACCGAAAGGCAUACGGUGUCAUGCUCGGAAACUUCGGCUACACGCCCGCCAAGAGCCUCAAGAAUAUCCCGUACAGAGAAGAAGGAACAACGGAUAUUGUUAGUGCGCCGAUUUGGAGCCCGGCCGAUGCACUUGUGGCCGUAUCGAUCCAUGGGGUCAGAACGGUCACGACCAUGGCCUCCACGAUUGCAUUUGGGGGUGCACCGCCAACGAUCAAGCCGGCGGUACCCAGCAAACCGCAGAGAUUCGUUGUUAUGCACGAUGGCCUGCUGUCCUUCAAGUCUGCCAAAUCUUGGCAUGAUGGUGAGAUGAACGCCCAUCUGAAGAACGCGCUGACGAAUUUUGGGUUUCCUGAUUCCGAGGUGCGCGUGCAGGCGUUUGGCGAGGACAACAAGCUCAAGGAUAUGGUCGACACUCUCGCGAUGAUGCAGAGCGAGACCUCCAUCCCGCCAUCGAAUGUGCAUGUCCUCAUCCUUUGGAGAGGAGAGGAUCUGUGGAAGAUAGACCAGGGCUGGAACAAGCUAACUGGCGACAUCGAUAUGGCACGAUCUCAAUAUGCCAAGACGACCGCCCGGGAUGCUCUCGAGAAAUACAAUACGAUCUACGGAUCGGUGUCCCUUUGCGGUCCGGUGUCGCCGAGCAUGGUGUACCUUCCGACUCUCCCUGGCCCUCUCUUCGAGAAAUACAGAGAGGAGAUGAGAUCGAUCUGGGACGCGAUCAGGAGAUCCAACUUCCUUACCCUGUCUUUUGACGCCAUCCUGGAAGGUCUGCCAUACCUGAAGGGAUAUCAUAUUAUGCAUGAGUCCAAGACGAUUGGGGUCCUAUGUACCCGCAUUUGCUCGAUGUUCACUCUUGCAGCUCUCGCACGGUUUCCGUCUUACGGGACCCGCCGGGAGUAUGAGAUCGCUGCCGAGAAGAUGUGGGCACGCACCCCAGUCCCGGAAGAGAACUCGCCGGGCAUGGUGAAGGCCAUUGUGCACUCCACUGUGCAGGACCUCAUCGAUGGUGCAGAUCGCGGCGCCGAUCAUCACGCCGCAGAGACUGUCGAUAUGACUCAGCUAGGUUUCGAUGAUGACGAUGAUGACGAUAUGCCUGACGACGUAGGUCCGACCGCUCCCGGGAAUCCGAUCAAACAGGAACAGGGAACAUUGGCGGAUCUACCGGGUGUUCGUCAUCCGGAUCCGAUCGAGCUUCCAGCUACUCCCGUGCCUGGCGAGGCAAUGCCAGUGUCGCCUGGCCUUGCUCCGACUGCCAUGAAUGAUGAAGAAUCUGGCAGCAGUUCUGAUGAGAACGAUCAGCAAGGGGAUGGUGACGCGGCGAUGCCCGCAGUCAAAAAGGAGGAGUCCGAUGAGGAGUUCAAUGGGCUUCUCGAAGGAAUGACUGAGGAAUUCGCGAAAAUGCCCACUCCUCGAGAUGCCGAGCGAACUGUCGCUGCCAAUCGGGACGCUGCACGACCGCCUGCCGUGCCCUCGAUUCCUCUCUCUACGAUGAAGAAGCCGAAGCCGGUUGGUGGCGAGGAAGCCGCGGGGCCCACCGCCGACAAUCGACAAGCUUAUGCGCACUUCGAGAGCCAAGUCAGUGAAGCUGAAGCUCGCCGCGAGCAAGCUGCGGCAAUGAAAGCGCAUAUCGCUGAAGUGGCAAAGGGCGCCGCCGGUGUUGAAAAUGCCGAACAUCUUCGAUCCAUUGCCGAUGGGCUAGCCAAGGUCUUGGACCCGAACAUGAGCGAUGACAAUGUGUUUCAGGGUGCCUUGUAUCCCCCGGGUGACUAUGCGCUUGACGCUGUCACGAACCGACUGGCUCAAGGCAGACGUCGGGUUGAAUCGAACAGCAAUCUCAUCAGGGAGAUGGCCAGCGACCGAUUCACGCCUGUGCUCAUCAACCGAGACACUGGUGAGACUGUGUCUGCCAUCGAUGCACGAUGGACUCCAGAGUAUGGAAACAGGGGGGAGCUUGAAGCUAAGGUUGGUGCGAUCAUUUCCAAUCUGGAUGCAGUGGUUGCAAGCAUGUCAACCCUCCCUGUGUUCCAUCCGCACAUUCCGUCGACGUAUGGUAUGGCUCGAUCGCUUCUCAACACAUACCAGUCGUUGCAGAUUGCCAUCCGACACCGUGGCAUGGGUGCGAUGUCCUUUGAGCAGAUGGUAUUCAAGCCAGAGGACCUUGAGGUUCCGACCCCCGAUGAUUGGCCGGACCUCAUCGCGCCUACCCCCGGAAAAGUCAUUCAGUCCAUGCGAGUUGCCCUGGUGAAUAACACAGCGGCGAGGUUGACGAGAGAGGACCUCAAGCUGCCGCCGGGCUUCGCCAUGCAGCGACGAGUGACCGAAUUCCGCAAGCCGGAAGAAGACCCGGUGCAGAGCCUAAUGGGGCUCACCGAUGAUUUGAGCUAUGGCACAAUUGGCCGAACUGGGGACGACAGAUUGUCCCAGCUCCAGCGCAGUGUUGCGGUACAGCUGCGAAACACUGCAGGUUUCAUUGCGAACGAGUUUCAGAGGCACGCUCGAUCUAUUGCUGCUUCCUCCUCGCGUCGCAGCGACGCCUCAGGCGCCCUGAGUAGUCAGGGCGAAGGCGCAGCGGACAACGAUCUUCCGUCCACCGAGCAGGCCAGUGCCGCUUCUGUGCGUUCAGCACCACCGCCCCCGCCAAACAUGGCUCCUCCUCCUCCGCCUACAGCGGCAGCACCUCCAAGGGCGCCCGAAGAGAGUGCAAAGGAGGAUGACGAUGACACCAAGAUGGACGAUGAAACGGCCGAUCAGUUGCCUGAGCAGAAGCCCGAGGAGGACGCUGAUAUGGGUGGCGAAGAGGAGCUGAAAGACGAGGUCCCCGGCAAGGCCCCGCCGCCAGCUGCCCGAACCGCUGAGAACCCUCCGAAAACAGGCGUGCGUUCCAGUCCUCCGAAUGUCAUGCCUGCUCAGGGUGCCGUGCUUUCAGGUGCUAGGGGACCGGAAGUCGAUAUUGAUCCGGCCAGCACCACAGCCGAUCAGGCGGCAAAUGAUCCGAGAAACUGCCGGAUCGAGGGCCCUGGUAUCAAGGCGACAACGAUUCAUCGCCCUGAUCAGCUGCCCGAAAGGGGUAUUGACUCCAUUGCGCCGAUCGUGCAGUACGAAAUGACGUCUGUCCCGAUUGCACUGCCAGAUUUCGUCGUUCCGGGACUCGACAUGGGCAUCGAUGACUCCGUCCAUGGUCGAUUGGUCUCUGCGACCUGUCUCCCACCGACUGACGAGCAGCGCAAGUAUUCAAGACGCCGAUUUGCUAUGCUGUCCUCGAAUCAGACAGUGUACUUGGGUAUGGCGCUUCACAAGAAACCGCUUAAAGGAGAACACGAUUCUUUCCUCCGACCGGAAUCUUAUGAGGACUGCCGCGAGAUCCAUGAAGCUGUCCGAGCCUACAAUGCCAAGGAGGCGACAUACCGAUCUAUCGGCGGAACAUCAGUGUCAUGCAGCCGAUUGCUCAUCGAUGACGCACAAAAUAUCCCUGCUGCCAGGAUUCCGGACGCAGGCAUGAUCAGUUUGGUGCGUAAGCUGCUGUUCCGAGUGCUGACGCAAACAAAGGAGUAUCCCUCCUCGACUGCCGUCGGAGCACAGAAUCGCCCCCGGGACAAAGAGAGGGGCGUCCCAUUGUAUUCAUUCCUCGACCAGAGUGGCAUCAUCGCUUUCGAUGUCAUUCCGAUGUACAUGGAACGCGAGAGGGAAUACAUGAAGGCCAACGCUGGCGAGUUCAGCGGCCGGACGCUUCUCCAGACUAGCAUUCUGGACGAUGACGAUAAGCCGAGUGAGCUCACCGUCCAGUGCAUUACGGAAAUUGCUCGAACGGACAACAACCGAAUGUUUGAGUUCUUCUACUCGACGAUCAACGACGAUGGAAGUCCUCAAUUUGUUGGCAUCCGAGCAACCUAUGGUUUCGGUCCCGAUAAUUUCAACCGAUUCCGACUGCUGACCAAGUGUCAGCACGGGCCAUUCACUCAGCUCGCUCAAGAACACUAUGUCAAUGGCGAGAGGAGACGAAAUGUGGCCCGAUAUCAUCCCCAGUACGGAUGGGGAUGCGCAACGAUUCGCGAGUUCUUCGGAUACAUGAACGAUUGCAAGCUCAAUCCCCCAAAGGGGCAGCUCUUCCUCACACUGCUCCCGUAUGCCCCUGGAUCUGGGAAGAACAACGAGUGGGAAGAGGUGUACAUGAACGUCCGAAUGAACCCGGGACGUGAGACGCUCUCGAACACCGCGUCAUCACAAAGCAUGCUCCCCGAAGGUAUGGGAUCCAACCGCAUGAUUGUGUUUGCGAUUGAUUUGCGCAUGAUUGCAGCAGGUAUCAAUCCGAUUACAUUCCAUCCGAGAGGGUACUAUGCGAUCAAGGACAGUAUCCCUCUCGCAUGUAUGCCGAUUGCAUACUUCAUGGAUACGGGAUCUCUAGUGUUCAACACGGCCUUCAAAUACAUCGGAGGCCCGAAAUUUGACCUGGACCCAAGAACGGAGACCACAGACGAGAAACGUGGCCACUCGCUAGCUUCGACUGCCCCAUGUGCGGAGCUUCAUUCCCUGUUGGUCUCCACAUGUGUCGAAUAUUACGGAAGUCAUGCUGAGUGGCUCAAUGAUCUGAUCGAGCGAAACAAGCUUACCGAAUUCCAGCUUCACGAGUUUCCUGCGAUCAAGCAGCUGAGGAAUUACCCGGUGUCUAGGUCUCUCGCUGAGGACCAUAGGCAGACCGCAUUCUUCGGAGUGCCACCGAUCAAAUGCACCGCUGCUGACACAUCGCCGAAGGAAGUGGAACUGUUCAAGAGAAGCGUGCGCGGUACGAUUCAGGGCGCCAUUCGCUUGGACAUUUCCAUUGAGAGGCUUGUUGCCGGUAUCACUGGCAAGGAAGCUCGAUGUGGAGUAGAAGACUUCUUCAACUCACAGUCGAUUGCAUGUGCUGCCACGAUUGUCAAGCAUUUUGGAGCGAUCUUCGCCACAUGUCGCGAAAAGCCAUUGUGCUACUAUGCACGUUGGUCGAUUCAUUGCCAGCGCGCAUAUCGAGUCUGCCUGUCGCGAGGGUAUCUCUCCCCCUAUUACACAGGUGUGACGGUCGAUUAUACCAUCGACCAAGAGAUGGCAGAAAAGAUCCGACUUGCUCAUCUGCCCUUGCAAAACGCCAAUUUGGCGAUGAGGCGGCACAUUCGACUCUCCACCGAGUUUGGAACGUUGGAUGAAUUCCGUGCCACUAUCACGGAUACGCAAAAGUAUCAACGUUACAUGCGUGUCGACAGUGAGAGCCUUUCCGCGCUCCUGGCCAAGGUUACCCUUACCACAUGCUACGGCAUUCCGACAAAAGGUGAGCCUGGCUAUAUCUCUGAUGAUGAAGCAGAAGAGAUCGAAGGAGCCGCAGCGGCAAGCGAGAAGCCCAAAGGGAAAGGCAAAGGGGAAGGCGAAUCCAACGUCCAAGCCAUCAACUGGCGUGAGUUGGAUCCCUUAGGACGGAAACUUAUUCCGCAUCACUCUGACCCCCGAUUCACGAUUAUUGCUGAGGGAAAUACGGCACUCCUUGAUGCAGCCGAAACGCCGGAUGAGACGCGUAAGGAAUUCAAGGAGUUCGUUCGCGAUCACUCUGUCAAGAUCAAAGAAUGCUUUGACGAUGAUCGUGCGACAGAGAAGACAUUCUUCAAUCUUGUUGAAGGAGUCAAGGAUCAGCUUCCCGAUGCAAACAGCACUGACCCGCUUCUGAUGAAAAGGACUGAGGACGUCUUCGAGGCUCUCCCCGAUGAACUGGAUGAUCCUCCGAGAGUGUUCGAUGUUGCGGCUCGCCAGGCGCGACGGCGAGACCCUGCACCUCAGCGCAGAGUACAGGUCACCGAGCAAAGACAAGCGCCGAUUCCCGAGGCUCAUGCCGUUCCCAUUCCUACGGAUGACGAGGAUGAGGAUGAUACUGAGCUCGAUCGAGCGGUACGACCCGAUCCAUCAUCGCAGCGUACCGGACGAGAGCAUCUCGGAGGUGUCGCUCCCGAGACGACUCCGCCACCGCCUCAUAACAUGCCGCCGCCAUCAAAUUUGCCGACUCGAAAAUCACAUCGGCAAACGGGCUACAGUGCUGCUCAUCCUGAUGGAGAACCGUUAAUGGUGUCGGGGAGGGCAGCAUACUCCGAUGAAAUGCGGUUGCCCUCAGUGUUGCGAAUGAAGACUCGGGUUCCGGAGUCAGAUCUGGAUAACCCAACAAUUGAGGAAAUCAUUCGCAUGUAUCAUGCACCAAACACGCUGUCCAUCAUCAGGAAGAAAGCCGCGGCCGUCAUCAUCGCGAUGGGCGCAAAUCCCGAUGACGAUAUCAAUAUGAGGGCGGCUGGCGUUACUGUUCCCCAUACCGGGAAUACGGGGACGGGGCGAGCAGCAUCGCCUGGAAGUACGUCUGCUGCUACACAGGAGCGGAUUAAUCCCCAGUUCCCGGCACCUAGCGUUCGCACUGCGUCGAAUCCGCCAUCGAAGUUGCCUCGCGAUGAAAAGUGGGCUCCCUCGAUUGCGCGACCAGCGCCGGCUCAGGUGAUCAAAAGUGCAGAAGCACGGGGACGCACGCAACAGCGUGCUGCUGAAGCAACGAAUGUUGCUCCGCCAGCUCCUUCCGAUACUGCCUCUUCGGAGCCGCGAUCUCGAACGAUGGGCCCAGCCAAAGAGACCACGGCUAAGGGCAAAUCCCGAACCGGAUCCAACGUGACAGGCCUCAUCGAUGAAGCUGAUGACACGAGGCAGCCGACGAAGGGCAAAGGCCCAAGUCCUCAGCCCAGGGCCGUUCGCUUAGCAUCCGACAGCAUGCCGGAUGUCGGACAGUUCCAAUCAAACUUAAAGUACGAGGGUUCCACAGGGGAAGCCAUGGUGGUGAGCCUGGAGUGCCUGCCGGAGCCACAGCCGAAAGCUGAUACAUGGGCAAGCUUCUGCAGCACUCAGUGCAGCGAGUUUUUGCCUUUGACAAAGGCUGUGCUGGACACAUAUACCCUUGAGCAAAGCUGGAUGCCGAAUUUCGAGAGCUUUUGUCGCGAUUCUAUUCCGGCGAUGGAGCAGGGGAGAUUCAACGUGGAGCAAGUCCUUCGACCUUUUUCCGAGGGGUCCAAGGCACAGAUAGAGAUCCUGUCGGACCGCAGCAUCGGCGGCCGUAAGGUUUUGGCCAAGCGGUUCCCCCGAGCAUAUCUCCAAGACGAUCCGGAGUCUUUUCGACUCUCCGAUCCCUGCUCUUGUGAUGAUCCAUGGACCGAAGUGUUCCUGGCGAUGAGGUUGGGCCAUGGGACGUCGCGAGUUCCUGGGGUUGUCCCAUGCCAUGGGAUCUACAGAGAUUCUGGGGAGGAUGUGCUGUUGAUGUUGGAGUGGGCUCCUGGCGGCGAUCUUUUCCAGCUCGCCGGUAAUUUGGGUGAACCCGGGCCGGACAGAGAGGCCACGGCAUCACAGGUGCUUUGCUCUUUGCUUGAAGCUGUGACCCUACUUCACUCGAAGGGCAUCGCACAUGGCAACGUGAGUGCAGAAAAUGCCGUUCUGCGAAUGGAUGGCGCCACAAUUCAGGUGGCGCUGAUUGAUUUCGCCAUGGCUUUGCAUGACACCGAUCUCUCAGCGGCCAUGGGUGCCCGAGGAAAGCUGAUGUAUCGCGCUCCGGAGACUGUUGGCGAGCAUGCCAUCUAUGAUGCGCGUACUGCAGAUUUGUUUGCAUGCGGCGUGGUGGGCUAUGUCCUCGCAACCGGCACGUACCCCUGGCAGAGCACGGAUGGAGAUUGCAAGGCUUUCGCUUACGUCCAAAAGCAUGGCCCAAAGAAGUUCUUCGAGAAGCGCACGCUCACUGUGGGUGCCUCGAAGGUUCAGAUCUCGCAGGUUCUUUCUCCGCAUUUUCAAUCAUUCCUCGCUUCCUUGAUCGAGCCAGACCCGGCCAAGCGGAGAUCCACAUACUACAUCAGCGACGGUCGGGAAGUUGCCAAGACUCAGCUUGCCCACGUAGAAGCCGCUGCGGCAACAGGUGCCGAUGCAAAGCAGCUCAAGGCUGUCUUGGGUGUCCUCUUGCACAGCGUGCGGCAAAACCCGAGAUUUGCGGAAGAGAUCGUCCUCGAGUCCGGCCUUCAGAUCCUCUUGGAUGUUGUCUUGCAACCAGUGCUGCCCAGCGGCAGCGAGGGAGCGGAACUUGCGUCGCUGUGCGCUGCAGAAUUGUUGCAUUACGACGAAGGCCGCCGAUGGUGCGAUGAAAGCUCGGAUGACGUCUUCCGCAAGGAGAUGUUUGCCGCUCUUCUGCUGCACAUGAUGGAGGAGAAGAGUCGCGGUUGUUGGAGUCUGCUCUUGCUCCUGUUUCUGACCCAUGCGGGGCCGACCUUGCGCUGUUUGCACGAGGUGGCCCUGGAAGAUAGAGGUCAUUAUCUGCGAGCCUUGUUUGAGGCUUGUGGCUCGGAAGAGAAUGAUUGGCUUUUUGGAGCAGCCGGAGCCCUUCUCAAGGCGAUCGAGGACGUGAUCCACGAGUUCCGAAGCGAACUGCCUCAGGUAGCUGAUGGGAUGAAGAACGAGCUUCGGCGCGCUGCUGAGGCGUGCCAAGCUUCGGAUCUACUGCAGGAGGACGAUCCCUUGCCCAUAGCCGUGCUACAGCCUCUCCUGGAGGAUGUGCUCAGCACCGCAUGCGAGGCCUCUGAGGCCAACUUCGAGCGUGAUGCUUUCGCCGAGGCAAACCGCAUUCUCCUCAGAGAGAAGGCUGGCGAGGAGCAGCUGAAGCAGCGAAACGGACGACUUGAGGGGGAGCUUCGGCGCCUCAACGUGGCCCUGAGCAAGAUGCUGGUCUUCGUUGACGUAGGAGAACAUCCCAUCGCCAAGUCUUUGCAGGAGAUCGUGCACAUGGGCUUCGACAGUAUCAAGUGGGAAGCUGGGUACACAGCUCUGCACUAUGCAGCGGAGCACAUCGAUGAUGCCAGGAUUGUUGAGCUUCUUUGUAGCCUGGCUGUGGAUGUCAGCGCCAAGGACGACAAGGGGAAGAGCGCAGCCGACUAUGCAAAAGCACGUGGCUUGGAGGACAACGUGAAGAGCAUCAACAAGUUCCGGAAGCAGGUUUCCAGCAGCGAGCUCUCCACGGGCUCCACGUCUUCAGCGAUGCUCCUGGAGCAGGGGGACGAGGAACUCUUUAAGGCUGCGCGCCAAUGCCGCGGCUUUCUGCACAAGUAUCCCACGUCAGGAAAGCAUUUCUGGCGCAUUCGAGGAACGGAGAAGCGCUACUUUGCUGUGACACGCCGAAACAGGUCUUGGGAGCUCGGUUACUGGGAGUCCAUGGAGAACUUCAGCGACCGACUGGAGCCCAAGGGCAGCAUCCGCAUGCAAGACGUCACUGGCAUCCCCGACAUGGCGGACGACACAACUGUUGGUGAAGCAGACGUUCAGAUCUGCUACAGAGAAGAUGCCAACGAUAAGAAGCUUCUCGCUGUCGCCAGGGAGGAAGGUUUUCGGGAGCUCCCUUCAGCCGAGGAUGCGGAGAAGUGGCGGCAGUCCCUAAGGCAUUUCCUCGACCUGCUAAAGCGUGCGCAGAAGCCGACAGCCGCCCCGAAGCGGAAAGCCCUUGCACCCCCGACUUCCGAGGCCAAAGCUCGUGCGGCGCAGCUCCUGGAGGCGUUUGUUGGCGAAAGCCAGGCAGCAAGCCCCGUACUGGACGUCGCCUCCUUCCUGGGCGAAUCUCCCACGUUCCCGACGCCCGCGCCAACUGCGCGUCCGCGGCUGCAGAGUCGAGCGGAGCCCUCUGGCCGCAGCCGCAAGAGUAUGCGUGGACCGCGCAAGUCGCUGUAUUCGCGGCCGCACCGGAACUCCGCAGACAUGCCGGCUGAGGCUGAGGAGGAUGCCGACAGCAAUGGGACCGACGAGGGGACCGAGACGGCGGCGACCGAGACGGCGGCGCCCGAGACGCCCGCCGCAGCUCCUGGUGAGAUGUACCGGAUCGGAAGCUUCGCCGACGAUGCUGCCCUGCAGCGAAAAUGGUCGAUCUUUGAUCUUUUCGAAAGCCCGUGGCAUCUCAUGCGGACGCGGUCGCGGAGCAGUGUGCAGACUCAAUCCUUCAACAGUGUGGAGGAGAACCGCCCACUGGAGCCGGAGUUGCCAGGUGGUCGAGAUGCGGCACCCACCCUCGAGUCGUUGGGUGACUUCCUAGGGGAGGAUGACCCAACAGGACCAGUCGGCAGGCCAGUUGGCCUUGCGAGCGGGAAGAAGGAGGAGGGCCUUGGGAUCGAAGAAAGGGGCGGUGGCCCUUCCAGCAGCUCCCGAGGUGCGGAUGCUCCACAAGCUGAGGGCGAUACAGCUGCAGGCCCUGAAUCUCACGCUCCUGCUCCUGGCUCAGUGAUUAUGGAAAUACCUCUGGCUGGAACAGCACCGAGCACAGAGGGUCUUCCUGGAGCUCAAGCAAUGCAGAGCUCGGAAAGCCCAGCUGAGAGUCCCCCAAAGACGGGGGCCAAAGGCCUUCCAAAGAAAGGGGGCAAAGCUGGCAAGGGCCCGCCACUGCCUGGAACUGGGGGCGAGCUCUGCGCUGUUCCGGAUGCUGCGGCAUCUGCUGUGCCGCAAGAAGCCUCCACGGAAACACUUGUCAGCCCACCUUCGUCGGAAGCGAAGGCGAGACCGGCUGACGGAGCACCACUGAGCACUGAGAGUGCACACGUUUCCGAGCCCAAGGACAUUCCCGGCGCUCAAGCCGAUGCGCAGAGCUCCGACAGCCCAGCUGAGAGUCCCCCAAAGACGGGGACCAAAGGCCCUCCAAAGAAAGGGGGCAAAGCUGGCAAGGGCCCGCCACUGCCUGGAACUGGGGGCGAGCCGGAAGAAGCCUCCACGGAAACACUUGUCAGCCCACCUUCGUCGGAAGCGAAGGCGAGACCGGCUGACGGAGCACCACCGAGCACUGAGAGUGCACACGUUUCCGAGCCCAAGGACAUUCCCGGCGCUCAAGCCGAUGCGCAGAGUCCCCCAAAGACGGGGACCAAAGGCCCUCCAAAGAAAGGGGGCAAAGCUGGCAAGGGCCCGCCACUGCCUGGAACUGCGGGCGAGCUCUGCGCUGUUCCGGAUGCUGCGGCAUCUGCUGUGCCGCAAGAAGCCUCCACGGAAACACUUGUCAGCCCACCUUCAUCGGAAGCGAAGGCAGGACCAGCGCCCAAGGGACCAUUUGCGAAGAAAGGAAAGGGACCUGGAAAGGGCCCGCCUGACGCAGACGCAUCAACUGCUGCAUCUGCGCCAGAAGAUGAGGCCGCUGCCGAGGUUGCCAAAGCUGCUGGCCCUCCAGGGAAGAAGGGAGGAAAGGGACCUCCUAUGCCCGGACACAAAGCCGCCGGCGCACCUGCAGAAACAGCAGAGACCCAAGCCACCCCAAGCACGGACGAAGCGAACCUCAGCCCGAAGACCAAAGGCCCUGGCAAGAAAGGCGGCAAAGGUCCUCCCCUUCCGGGGGCCAAGGCACCGGCAGCUGCCGAAUCCCCCAAAGAUGCGCCCCCCACCACGGAGUCAAGUGCAAAGGGAAAGGGCCCGCCACCGCCGGGAGGCAAGGGCCCAAGCAAGGGUCCCGGGAAAGGCCCUGCUGGAAAGGGCAAGGGCAAAGGCAAGGAGCCACUGCAGUUGCGCCAGCCGAAGAUUAAGCCGAAGCAGAACAUGAAACAGCUGUGGUGGAGCCGAUUCCUUUUCGGCAAGCACCUCAAGGAGGGCGAGGGCAUUUGGAAUGAGACGGACAAGGAAAAAGUUCAGCUUGGCGCGCAGGUCAUCCACCUCAUGGAGAAUCGCUUUGGUCGAGGGGCGGGCAGUGUCGCCAAGGAAGCCCCUAAACCGGCAGCCAGCGACGCGCCCAAAGAAGCGCCCAAGGCGAUACGGAUCAUCACCGACCCAAAUCUCAUCGUUGGAAAAGAGGCGGCAGUGCGUUCCCUGCCUCCUGCAGAGGAGGUGGCAGCUGCGCUGUUGAAGCUGGAUGCCGUUGUCCUCAGCCCGAGCCAUUUGAAUGUGAUCAAGGAGCACGCCAGCCCACAGCCGGCACAGGUGAGCCAGCUUGAAGAGUGCCGCAAAGAGCACCCCACAGUGCCUUUCGCACUGCCCGAGGAGUACAUGUGGCACAUCAGCCGCGUUCCAGCAUACCAGGUGCGCCGGCUGGAAUUGCAGGGCAGUAAUUUCCUUGAGCGUUUCGUCCAGGAGGACGAAGCUGCAAAGUAA